AUGAGGGCCACCCCGAAUCUAUUGGCUAAAGGCUUCAUGGGCCGAAGCCUCGACGAAUUCAAAAGAUUGUCCGCGAUUGCGUUCAAGGCAGAAGCAAUCAAAAGACCAACCCAACCCUACGUCCUCACCUCCUUCCACGACCCCGAAUCGAUUCAGGACUGCAAAUUGAUAUGUGAUUCCGACGUAGGAGGCUUCUCCCGGGCGAACCUAGACUGGAUCCCUCCCUCAUCAGACCCCAACCCGCCUCCGUCAGAGAACAAGAACGGGUACGCCAAAUUUCACGGCAGCAUAUCCAUCGAGCUGCCGGUGAACAAACCACACAUCCAGCGGACCGGCUACGCAGCCUGGCGGACGAAAGACCGACCUUUCACCAUCUUCGGGAAGUCUCUGUGGGAUAUCGACCCCUACGCUUACCUAGCAUUGCGGAUAAAGAGCGAUGGCCGGAAAUACUUUGUGAAUCUACAGACCGAGAGCAUUGUCCCGACGGAUUUACAUCAGCACAGACUAUACGCGCGAAGGCCCGGAGAGUGGGAGACGGUGUUGAUCAAGUGGAAUGAGUUUGUGAGGACGAAUCAUGGCAUUGUGGUGGAGCCGCAGACCGAGCUGUUGAGGCAGAAGGUCAGAACUGUAGGGAUUGGGUUGAUUGAUCGAGUGCCGGGCAAUUAUGAGCUUUGUAUUGAGAGGAUCUGGGCUACGAAUCGCUUGAGCGAGGAGGAUGUAGAGGAGGAUGGGAGAGCGGAAGAGGGUCAGUUGAAGAGCAAGCACGGCGAGAAGAUUAGAUGGAAUGAAGAUAAGGGCGAGAAGCAAUCGUCAUAG